AUGGCAGAUGACCAGACAGAUCCAGAUUUUCGCUCCAUCAUAAAUGCUGCCGCGGCGAAGUGGUACUCGCAGCGCAGCACUUCACCCGAUCACACCCAAGCUAGCCAUGAUGCCCGAAACGUGAGCGCUACACGCGCGACUAAUGGAGGAGAACGAGAAAUCGAUGACCCGAGCAAUCGUGGUGGCCUAACUGCCUGGCAAGCCGCGCUGCAAGCUUUGCCGGGUGAGUCGAAGGACGUUCCUCUGCCGAUUCACCCGCUCGCCCAAGCCCUGGCGGAACAGCCGUCCUUACGCCCAGUGGAGUGGAAUCCCUACCGGCAGCAGGGAGGCUUCAAACCUAGGACGGCUAUCGACUACAGUUCUUUGAUGAUUUAUCUAUCGGGCCAAGUCAACCCGAAUCCGUGUAGAAAUUGCCGGUUAAAAAAUGGCCCCUACUUGCACUGUGUUGUAGCGCCUCCGUCCGUCCUCGGUCUGAGCAGCUUGAAACACGCGUGCGCCAAUUGCACCUAUCAAAAUCAGCAUAAGAAAUGCACCAACCUCCCCAUUGACGACGAGGAGUUGGUGGCGAGGAGCCGGAUAGCCAGGUCGUCUCUGAAGCUCAAGAAUCCGACUCCGAUGAAACCGCCCGGGCGGAGGCCCAAGCCCGCGUCCGAGAAUAACCUCCAUCCCAGAGCAAGGUACAAGCCAGACUACGGUCAUGCGAUUCGUAAGCCGACCGCGCAGAGUAUCUCGGCGGAAGCCUUCGGGGACAAGCUACGUCAGAUCCGCUCGUGGUCGCCUCGGUCUCGGCGGCGGAUGAAAGCCGAGGUGAAGCAGUGGGAGGCGGCGAUUAUGACUGUCGAAGCGGAGAUCAGUCGCGGUUCGCCUAGGGAUCAUGCGCUCGACGAACGGGGCGUGAAUGGAACCCCUAAUCUACCUGCUAGUAUGCAGUCUAUUUCUCAAACUCCAAUUCAUCCUACUCUGACGCGUCCUACUGCGACGCCUCCGAUAUUUUCUGCCCCGCCCUCCGCCUUGUCGGCGCAGGGUUCCCUAGCUGAGGUAGAGGCCGAUAUGUACGAUGAAUAUGGCCCGGAACAGAUGGACGACGACGAAGACGGGAAUGAAAAUGCGGAGAGCGACUACGAAGGCACGUCGUGGGUCGGCUUCAAUGACAUGGGGCCUGUGAUGAAGCCUCCGCUCUGA